UUGUUUACGUUUUGCAUUAAAAUUUAAAAGUUGGGUGUGCCAGCAACUAAAACCGCUUAAAUAAUUAAUUAGAAAUUAGAAGAGCCGACUCUAGUAAAUAAAAUGGUUAAAGUAGACGCGUGCUGGGCCCCAUGCAUAUGGAACGACAAUUUAAAGACGGGCUGCAAAGCCAUCAGUUUCUAUUCGGUGGCCCUCAGUGUGGUCUUGAUGACUUUUGUGAUAUUUAAUAUGUCGGGGGGCGAUUCCACCCAGUUGUACAAUCCCUUGUUCGAGUCUGAUAUUAGGAUGUCCAUGCAAGUGGUCGGUGGUUGUAUGAUAUUGUACUUCUUGUGCCUUAUUUUGUCCUCGAUUCUAAUGGUUUAUGGUCUUCACAUAAUGAUCCGAGGCCUCAUGAUGCCUUGGAUGGGGCUAUUCGGCAUCGGAAUUCUAUUUCAGUUGAUUUUUGGACUAUGGCUGCUUGGCGGUUAUUAUAUUUACAUUGAUUGUGUGCUAUAUACACUGAUAAUAUGGUGCUGGAUGGCUUAUAAUAUGUACUGUUGGCUAGUUGUAUAUUCACAGUACUUGGUUUAUGCAGCCAUGCAAUCUCCUAAUAUUGAACUUUUAUACCCUUAAUACUAAUUUGUGCAAUUUGUUGUUAAAACCGUCCACAAAUGUACCAUAGACUGACCAAAUCCGUUCCAUUUUUUUAAAGUAAACCUUAUAUGAAAAAGGUUACUAUAGGUUUAUUGUAAGUAUUUAUAUAAUUAUUACAUGACAACAAUGUAAACAUAAGAAUCUCAUUACAUGUAUUUUUUUUACACAAUUAGAGCAUAAAUUCAGCUCUCUUGAAUAUAUUAAGGUUUUAUAAUAA